CUGGAUGUUCCUGAGAGGGGAAAAGGCUCGGAGCUGCUUCCGCCGCCAUUGCGGAUUUCAGAGCAGAUCAGCCGCUGUGCCCAUCGCUGCUGAGCAGAAAACACACGGAAAGCGUACAAACUCAACACUUUGGCUGGCAUCGGACUUCAGAAACAUUGCCAACAGCGUACCACACAUUGGUUUUGUUCCGUUGUGCUGCAUUUUACCCUGGCUGGCUCCGACCUACAGUGAGGAGGUCGUAGCUAGCUAGCGCUGUGCUACCGCCUAGCUAACUAGCUGCAGCGGCUACAUAUUCAGGUCGGCGAAGCGCAAGAAAACCACAGCCAUGGCUCAGAUACUGCCUAUCCGCUUUCAGGAGCACCUGCAGCUCCAGAACCUGGGAAUCAACCCAGCCAACAUCGGCUUUAGCACUCUAACCAUGGAGUCCGACAAGUUCAUCUGCAUAAGGGAGAAAGUGGGGGAGCAGGCCCAGGUCGUCAUCAUUGACAUGGCUGACCCCAAUAAUCCCAUUCGCCGCCCCAUUUCUGCUGACAGUGCCAUCAUGAACCCUGCCAGCAAAGUUAUUGCCCUCAAAGACGCUGCAAAGACCCUGCAAAUCUUUAACAUUGAGAUGAAGAGCAAGAUGAAGGCUCAUACGAUGACGGACGAUGUGACUUUCUGGAAGUGGAUCUCUCUCAACACUGUUGCCCUGGUCACAGACAACGCAGUCUACCAUUGGAGCAUGGAGGGAGACUCUCAGCCAAUCAAAGUCUUUGACCGUCACUCCAGUCUGGCAGGUUGCCAGAUCAUCAAUUACCGCACCGAUGCCAAACAGAAGUGGUUGCUUCUCAUUGGCAUUUCAGCACAGCAAAACCGUGUUGUUGGAGCCAUGCAGUUAUACUCUGUGGAUAGAAAAGUGUCUCAGCCUAUUGAGGGUCAUGCUGCUGGUUUUGCCCAAUUCAAGAUGGAAGGCAACACUGAAGAGUCGACUCUGUUCUGCUUUGCUGUGCGUGGACAGGCAGGAGGAAAACUUCAUAUUAUUGAAGUGGGAACUCCACCAACUGGAAACCAACCUUUUCCCAAAAAAGCUGUAGAUGUUUUCUUUCCUCCAGAAGCCCAGAAUGACUUCCCUGUUGCCAUGCAGAUCAGUUCCAAGCAAGAUGUAGUCUUUCUCAUUACCAAAUAUGGCUACAUCCACCUGUAUGACCUCGAGACUGGGACUUGCAUCUACAUGAAUAGGAUCAGUGGAGAGACCAUCUUUGUGACUGCUCCUCAUGAACCCACUGCUGGUAUUAUUGGAGUUAACAGGAAAGGACAGGUGUUGUCAGUAUGUGUGGAGGAGGAGAACAUCAUUCCAUACAUCACCAAUGUGCUCCAGAAUCCAGACCUGGCUCUUCGCAUGGCUGUACGCAACAACCUUGCUGGUGCUGAGGAGCUGUUCGCCCGCAAGUUUAACACACUCUUUGCAGCAGGAAAUUACUCAGAAGCUGCCAAAGUGGCAGCCAACGCACCUAAGGGCAUUCUGCGAACUCCAGACACCAUCCGUAGGUUCCAAAGUGUUCCAGCCCAACCAGGCCAGACGUCUCCUUUGCUCCAGUAUUUUGGCAUUCUGCUGGAUCAAGGCCAACUCAAUAAGUUUGAGUCUUUAGAGCUGUGCAGGCCUGUGCUUCAACAGGGUCGCAAGCAGUUACUAGAGAAAUGGCUAAAGGAGGACAAGCUGGAGUGCUCCGAGGAGCUUGGAGAUUUGGUGAAAUCUGUAGAUCCUACUCUAGCCCUCAGUGUUUAUCUCAGAGCCAACGUCCCCAACAAAGUCAUUCAGUGCUUUGCAGAGACUGGACAGUUCCAGAAGAUUGUCCUUUAUGCCAAGAAGGUUGGCUACACUCCAGACUGGAUCUUUCUGCUAAGGAACGUGAUGCGGAUCAGUCCAGAACAAGGCCUCCAGUUCUCCCAGAUGCUGGUUCAGGAUGAAGAGCCACUUGCUGAUAUCACACAAAUUGUGGAUGUCUUUAUGGAGUAUAACCUGAUCCAGCAGUGCACAUCCUUCCUGUUAGAUGCCCUGAAAAACAACAGACCCAUGGAGGGACCUCUGCAGACACGUUUGCUAGAAAUGAAUUUGGUUCAUGCACCACAGGUUGCAGACGCCAUCCUUGGCAAUCAGAUGUUCACUCACUAUGAUCGCGCCCAUGUGGCACAGCUGUGUGAGAAGGCUGGCCUCCUGCAGAGGGCUCUGGAGCAUUAUACUGACUUGUAUGACAUAAAACGUGCUGUGGUCCACACACACCUUUUAAACCCGGAGUGGCUGGUGAAUUUCUUUGGCUCCCUCUCAGUGGAGGACUCACUGGAGUGCCUCAGGGCUAUGUUGUCAGCCAACAUUCGUCAGAACCUGCAGAUCUGUGUGCAAGUUGCUUCCAAGUACCACGAGCAGCUUACGACUCAGGCCCUCACUGAACUUUUUGAGUCAUUCAAGAGCUUUGAGGGGUUGUUCUAUUUCUUGGGCUCCAUUGUAAAUUUCAGCCAGGAUCCAGAGGUCCACUUCAAAUACAUUCAGGCUGCCUGUAAGACGGGCCAGAUCAAAGAAGUGGAGAGGAUCUGCAGAGAAAGCAACUGCUACGACUCUGAACGCGUGAAGAACUUCUUGAAGGAGGCCAAGCUGACUGACCAGCUGCCUUUAAUCAUUGUGUGUGACCGCUUUGAUUUUGUCCAUGACCUGGUUUUGUACCUUUAUCGCAACAGCCUGCAAAAAUACAUUGAGAUCUACGUACAGAAGGUAAACCCAAGCCGUCUGCCUGUAGUCAUCGGUGGUUUAUUGGAUGUAGACUGUGCUGAGGACGUGAUCAAGAACCUGAUCAUGGUGGUGAGAGGACAGUUUUCCACUGAUGAACUUGUUGCUGAAGUGGAGAAGAGAAACCGACUGAAGCUGUUGCUGCCCUGGUUGGAGGCUCGCAUUCAUGAAGGUUGUGAGGAACCUGCAACUCACAAUGCUUUGGCCAAGAUUUACAUCGACAGCAACAACAACCCUGAGCGCUUCUUAAGGGAAAACCCCUACUAUGACAGCCGUGUGGUGGGCAAGUAUUGUGAAAAGAGAGACCCCCACCUGGCCUGUGUGGCUUAUGAAAGAGGACAGUGUGACCAGGAGCUCAUUCUUGUGUGCAAUGAAAAUUCACUAUUCAAGAGUCUGUCCCGUUAUCUUGUACGUCGCAAGAACCCCGAGCUUUGGGCGAGUGUACUGCUGGAGACGAACAACUACAGAAGACCACUCAUCGACCAAGUCGUCCAGACAGCUUUAUCUGAGACCCAAGAUCCAGAGGAAGUGUCUGUCACAGUCAAGGCCUUCAUGACCGCUGACCUUCCCAAUGAACUCAUCGAGCUUCUAGAAAAGAUUGUGUUGGAUAACUCCGUCUUCAGUGAGCACAGAAACCUCCAGAACCUUCUCAUUUUGACAGCCAUUAAAGCUGAUCGAACUCGUGUCAUGGAGUACAUUAACCGUCUAGAUAACUACGAUGCCCCCGACAUCGCAAACAUCGCCAUCAGUAAUGAGCUGUUUGAGGAGGCCUUUGCUAUUUUUAGAAAGUUUGAUGUCAACACCUCUGCUGUGCAGGUUCUGAUUGAACACAUUGGUAACUUGGACAGAGCUUAUGAGUUUGCUGAGCGCUGCAACGAGCCUCCAGUGUGGAGUCAGCUGGCCAAGGCCCAGCUCCAGAAGGGGAUGGUCAAAGAAGCCAUAGACUCUUACAUCAAGGCUGAUGACCCUUCUGCUUACAUGGAGGUGGGACAAGCUGCAGCCCAAAGUGGAAACUGGGAGGACCUGGUGAAGUUCCUGCAGAUGGCUCGUAAAAAGGCUCGUGAGUCAUACGUUGAGACGGAGCUGAUCUUUGCCCUGGCUAAAACCAACCGCCUGGCUGAGCUGGAGGAGUUCAUCAAUGGUCCCAAUAACGCUCACAUCCAGCAAGUGGGUGAUCGUUGUUAUGACGAUAAGAUGUACGAGGCUGCCAAGUUACUUUAUAACAACGUGUCCAACUUUGGCCGUCUUGCGUCCACGUUAGUGCACCUGGGAGAAUAUCAGGCUGCUGUGGAUGGAGCCCGCAAGGCCAACAGUACCCGCACCUGGAAAGAGGUGUGUUUUGCUUGCGUGGAUGGAAAAGAGUUUCGUCUGGCCCAAAUGUGUGGCCUGCAUAUUGUCGUCCAUGCCGAUGAACUGGAGGAACUAAUCAACUAUUACCAGGACCGUGGUUACUUUGAAGAGCUAAUCACGAUGCUUGAGGCCGCUCUGGGGCUGGAGCGUGCUCACAUGGGGAUGUUCACCGAGCUGGCCAUCCUCUAUUCUAAGUUUAAGCCCCAGAAGAUGAGGGAACAUCUGGAGCUCUUCUGGUCUCGUGUCAACAUACCAAAGGUGCUCAGGGCAGCUGAACAGGCUCACCUCUGGGCUGAGUUAGUGUUCCUCUAUGACAAAUAUGAGGAAUAUGACAACGCCAUCAUCACGAUGAUGAACCAUCCAGCUGAUGCCUGGAAGGAAGGCCAGUUCAAAGAUAUUGUCACCAAGGUGGCAAAUGUGGAGCUGUACUACAAGGCCGUUCAGUUUUAUAUGGAAUUCAAACCAUUGUUGCUGAAUGACCUGCUCAUCGUUCUCUCUCCAAGACUGGACCACACACGGGCUGUGAACUACUUCAGCAAGAUGAAACAACUGCCUCUGGUUAAACCGUAUCUAAGGUCUGUCCAGAACCACAACAACAAGGGAGUGAACGAAGCACUUAACAACCUCUUCAUCACUGAGGAAGACUAUGCGGCACUGCGAACAUCCAUUGAUGCUUAUGAUAACUUUGACAACAUCUCCCUGGCCCAGAGUCUGGAGAAGCACGAACUAAUUGAAUUUCGGAGGAUCGCAGCGUACCUUUUCAAAGGGAACAACCGCUGGAAACAGAGCGUUGAGCUCUGCAAGAAGGACAAGCUCUACAAGGAUGCUAUGCAGUACGCAUCAGAGUCCAAAGACAUCGAGCUGGCCGAGGAGCUCUUGGCUUGGUUUCUCAACGAAGACAAGAAGGAGUGUUUUGCCGCCUGCCUUUUCACUUGCUACGACUUGCUGCGGCCAGACGUUGUGCUGGAAACCGCCUGGAGGCACAACAUCAUGGACUUCUCUAUGCCGUACUUCAUCCAAGUCAUGAGGGAGUAUCUCACAAAGGUGGACAAACUCGAAGCCUCAGAGUCUCUGAGGAAACAGGAGGAGCAGGCCACAGAGUCUCAACCCAUUGUUUACGGCACGCCCCAGCUCAUGCUCACAGCUGGGCCCAACAUGGCUGUGCCUCCUCAGCAGACCUACAGCUACGGCUACACGGCAGCACCAGCCUACAACCAGCCGCCACAGCCCAACUUUGGUUACAGCAUGUGAACCCCCGCCCCCCCCACACACACUAUGUGAACAAGCCCCUUCCUCCAGUCUGUGUUCCUCACCAGCUUCCCGUGGUCUCCUGCUCACAGCAG